UAUAGUCAAGCCCAAAACCCUUAUUUUGAUCAUCUCUUCCCUCUUUCACUCAACUUUUUAUUGUAGUCUCGAAUCAAUUACUACAAUUUUCGUAAUUUCACCAUCUUCAAAUUGAUGCAGCUGUAGCAAAACUUUGAAUUAUUCCAAUUACAUCAAUCAAAUCGCAACAGAGUCGUCGAAGGCAGCAGAACUUUUUGUAGCAAUAACAAUGGAGGAAGAAGAGAUAGAGAAAGCCGUGCUUGCGUAUUUGAAGAAGAAAGGUUUCAGGCAAACUGAAGUCGCCUUUCAGGAAGAACAGCAACUUCAGCAACAACAAAAACACCCGCAACAACAACAAUCGAAAAAUUCGUCGUCGAAUUCUCACACUGACCCAGAUGUCGCCAAGCUCAUCCUCACCUUUACCUCCGAGUCCGAGAGCCUUCCUGCACAAUAUUAUGAUGGGUACAGCAAGUUAAGAUCAUGGGCCCACAAUUCCCUAGAUUUAUACAAGCAUGAAUUGCUUCGGGUACUUUAUCCAGUAUUUAUUCAUUGCUUCAUGGAUCUUGUUGCAAGAGGCCAUCUACAAGAAGCCCGUAGUUUUUUCAUUACCUUCCGUGAAGAUCAUGAAACUAUGCAUGAAAGAGAUCUGCAGAAGCUCGAAGGAGUUCUUUCACCCUCUCAUUUGAAGGAGAUGGAGUUUGCUCACACUUUAAGGCAGAGCAAAGUAAACAUCAAGAUCUGCCAGUACUCUCAUGAGCUUCUCCUCCAGUAUCUACUUAAAAUUCAGUCAAUGCUUGGAGUUGUAAAUGAGCAUAUCAACUUCCAAGUUUGCCCCGGCCAGCCUGGAAUCAUAUCUGAUGAUGCUGACGCUGUGACACUGGUUGAUGGUGGCCAAGAUGCGGCGAACUUGAUAAAUCAGAAAGAAAUUCAGUGGGGGAUGCUGGAAGAUUCAAUAGAGGAUCGCUUGGAGAAGGGUGGAGGUUUGCUUUUAGAUUCUGAUAAGGUAGAUGGGGAAAACAAGGAAGGAGAGAAUGAAGAAAAUAAGAAAAGAUCUGCUGACGGAGGAAAGCAAGCUGCACCAGUGAAAAAAUCCAAAAAGGAUAAAGUUGGAGGCGCUGGUGGAAAAGCUGCACGUCCAGAAGUGAUCACUCCAUUGGCACCAAGAGUCAAACCAGAGCUUACUUUGCCUGCAAUGCCAACUGAAGUUGAGCAUUCUAUCCUGGAAGACCUCCGUAAUCGUGUGCAGUUGAGUAGUGUGGCCCUGCCAUCAGUAAGCUUCUACACAUUUAUCAAUACACACAAUGGUUUAAACUGUGCAUCAAUUUCACAUGAUGGAUCCUUGGUUGCUGGUGGAUUUUCAGAUUCUUCCUUAAAGGUUUGGGACAUGUCAAAGCUUGGGCAACAAAUGGAUAAUACUGCUUUACAGGGUGAAAAUGAUACAGCUGGAAAUGAACAUAUGCAUAGUGCAAAUGGUGGAAAAAUACCCUAUACUUUGUUUCAGGGUCAUUCUGGGCCUGUUUAUUCAGCCUCGUUCAGUCCUCUUGGCGACUUUAUCCUCUCUUCGUCAGCAGAUUCAACUGUGCGGCUUUGGAGCACAAAACUGAAUGCCAAUCUGGUGUGCUACAAGGGUCAUAAUUAUCCUGUAUGGGAUGUGCAGUUCAGCCCCUAUGGACACUAUUUUGCUAGUUGUUCUCAUGAUAGAACAGCAAGGAUCUGGUCCAUGGACAGAAUACAGCCUCUGAGAAUCAUGGCUGGGCAUUUGUCAGAUGUUGAUUGUGUCCGGUGGCAUGUAAACUGUAACUACAUAGCUACUGGAUCUAGUGAUAAAACAGUUCGAUUAUGGGAUAUUCAGAGUGGGGAGUGUGUUAGGAUUUUCAUUGGUCACAGGAGUAUGGUAUUGUCUUUGGCAAUGUCGCCUGAUGGUCGGUAUAUGGCAUCUGGUGAUGAAGACGGUGCAAUCAUGAUGUGGGAUCUUGCUAGCGGUCGUUGCAUUACCCCGUUGGUAGGUCACACGUCAUGCGUAUGGUCACUUGCUUUCAGUGGUGAAGGCUCACUUCUUGCCUCCGGAUCAGCUGAUUGCACAGUAAAACUGUGGGAUGUCAAUGCAAGCACAAAGACGCCAAGAUCUGAGGAAAAGACUGGGAGCUCAAACAGACUCCGGUCGUUAAGGACUCUUCCUACCAAAUCGUCGCCAGUUUACUCUUUGAUGUUUUCGAGAAGGAAUCUGCUAUUUGCUGCCGGGGUUCUUUCUAAACGCUCAUGAAUGGAUUAGCAGAUUAUGUUAGCAGUAGUAGUUUACAGAUAAGCUUAGAUGCCCGAAAGAGCAAUUGGAUGUCACAGUUUAUGAAGGCAUAGGUUGAGCAGCUUUAGCUGUUAAGAACUGCUUAGGUUGAGUUGUUUUAAUGUGGAAAUGAAGUGGUCGUGCUCUUUUUACUCUAAUUUCUUCUUCUGUUCAGUAGUUGAUAUGAAUUAUUCUUUUUACCAAAACAAAUACUUCGUAUACUUUUCCGGGUUUUAUUUUGCUUGGAUCAUUUUUCUUUUUUGGAAGUUGCAUAUUAGUUGCACUAUUUUCUUUUAUGGUAUGUAUUCACACACCAUAAUACAUAAUUUAUAUUUACCAUUAAUA